UGCAGAGACAGGCAGGAGUAGACACCCGGACACCCAGCACCCCUCCUCCGGGGGGCGGUGCAGAGGGGGCACGGAGAGCCCCUCGAGCGCAUCAGGCCGCCCCGCCAGCAUGUAAGUGUUGAGCAAGUUUCAUUUGCUAAUAAGUCUAUUAGCUAACAGACCGAACUGAGGCAACAUGCCAUUUUCACUGGCAGAAGCUGAGGAAGAUUGUCAUUCUGAUACUGUCAGAGCAGAUGAUGAUGAAGAAAAUGAAAGUCCUGCUGAAACAGAUCUGCAGGCGCAACUCCAGAUGUUCCGAGCUCAGUGGAUGUUUGAACUUGCUCCAGGUGUAAGCUCUAGCAAUUUAGAAAAUCGACCUUGCAGAGCAGCAAGAGGCUCUCUCCAGAAAACAUCGGCAGAUACCAAAGGAAAACAAGAACAGGCAAAAGAAGAAAAGUACUUUGGAUGGUACCACUACUCCUGCAUGGCUUUUUUCUCUGCUCGAGAACUCUUCCUAAAAGCAGUAGAAGAAGAACAAAAUGGAGCUCUCUAUGAAGCCAUCAAGUUUUAUCGUAGGGCUAUGCAACUUGUACCUGAUAUAGAGUUCAAGAUUACUUAUACCCGGUCUCCAGAUGGUGAUGGCGUUGGAAACAGCUACAUUGAAGAUAAUGAUGAUGACAGCAAAAUGGCAGAUCUCUUGUCCUACUUCCAGCAGCAACUCACAUUUCAGGAGUCUGUGCUUAAACUGUGUCAGCCUGAGCUUGAGAGCAGUCAGACUCACAUAUCAGUGCUGCCAAUGGAGGUCCUGAUGUACAUCUUCCGAUGGGUGGUGUCUAGUGACUUGGACCUCAGAUCAUUGGAGCAGUUGUCGCUGGUGUGCAGGGGAUUCUACAUCUGUGCCAGAGACCCUGAAAUAUGGCGUCUGGCCUGCUUGAAAGUUUGGGGCAGAAGCUGUAUUAAACUUGUUCCGUACACGUCCUGGAGAGAGAUGUUUUUAGAACGGCCUCGUGUUCGGUUUGAUGGAGUAUAUAUCAGUAAAACCACAUAUAUUCGUCAAGGGGAACAGUCUCUUGAUGGUUUCUAUAGAGCCUGGCACCAAGUGGAAUAUUACAGGUACAUAAGAUUCUUUCCUGAUGGCCAUGUGAUGAUGUUGACAACCCCUGAAGAGCCUCAGUCCAUUGUUCCACGUUUAAGAACUAGGAAUACCAGGACUGAUGCAAUUCUACUGGGUCACUAUCGCUUGUCACAAGACACAGACAAUCAGACCAAAGUAUUUGCUGUAAUAACUAAGAAAAAAGAAGAAAAACCACUUGACUAUAAAUACAGAUAUUUUCGUCGUGUUCCUGUACAAGAAGCAGAUCAGAGUUUUCAUGUGGGGCUACAGCUAUGUUCCAGUGGCCACCAGAGGUUCAACAAACUCAUCUGGAUACAUCAUUCUUGUCACAUUACUUACAAAUCAACUGGUGAGACUGCAGUCAGUGCUUUUGAGAUUGACAAGAUGUACACCCCCUUGUUCUUCGCCAGAGUAAGGAGCUACACAGCUUUCUCAGAAAGGCCUCUGUAGAGCCUCAAGUCCAGUCCUCUAUCACUUUUGCAUGAAUUAAAGUAUAUAGCGCAAAAGAGCACCUAAGUUAUAAAUGUGUGUGUGUGUAUAUAUAUAUAUAUAUACGUAUAUAUAUAUAUGUAUACGUAUAUAUAUAUAUAUAUGGAAUUGGAACUUAUUUUAAAUUGUUGGAGUUCUUUUAAGAAGAAUAGAAAUUGAUUAUUUUUUUUAUUUAAAGGGAUAGUUGAUUCUUGGGGUGUUUUGAAAUUAAGUUGGAAUUAAGUUGCUUAAGCAUAUUUAUGUUGUGAGAAACCUUAAUAUGAGGUUUAUCAUGCCCUUUUUCAAGCAGAUUUAUGAGCAGAUUUCUGUCACAUAAGUCGUCUUCUGCUUGAGUAUCCUAAUAUUUCAAUGCAUCAGGGGAGCGCUCCACUGGAUAAGCAUUUUAUUUCCCGCAUGGCAUAAUGUUUUUGCACUAAAGGCUCAAAGUGUGAGAACCUGUUCUGGAUUUGUUUGAAAUUAUUUCACCAAUAAAGAUCAUAAAUAAAUGUUUCUUUCAAGAAAA